AUGGACCUAUCCAAAGAUUGUCCAAAUCCAAAUACAGCUCUAAACUUCCCAGCAGCUCUCAAGGGAAAGCGCAUCCUCCUCGCCACAGAAUCAUUUGGACCUGUGAAUGGUGUGAGCAGAACGACUUUAAACUUGGUGGAAUAUCUUCGCAGUAAUGGUGUAUCUGUCGCAGUUGUCGCACCCCAUAAUUCAACCGGAGCAGUUCCAAUUGCUCCCACAACACACGAUACCAAUCAUGUCGAAGUGAGAUUAAGAGGAUAUCCAUUACCUUACAACCCCGAACUUUCAGUUGUUUAUCCUGUGCGUUUGUCGCAACUAUAUACUAGGACCUUUGGAUCAAAACCAGAUUUAAUAUACCUUGCAAGUCCUGCAUCUCUGGGAUUCCAGAUCUUGUUACAGUUAAGACAGCAGCAGAAAAAAGAGCAAGUUCCCGUGCUACUGAAUUUUCAAACAGAUUUAUCAGGCUAUUGCGAGAUAUUGUUUCCAACACCAUUAAACAGAUGGGCAGUUUGGGUAUUUGGAAGUGUGCAAGGGUAUCUUUUUCGAUGGGAGGGUGUAAAGGCAAUAUUUUAUCCAAGUACAUUUGUGAAAAGAUAUCUAGUCAAGACAGGUAUACAGGUGGAAAAGAUGAUGAAUUUGAGAAGAGGGGUUGAUGGUUUUAUGUUCCAUCCCUCGAGACGAUUAGAGAAAUAUCGAAAGGACUGGGCUCCGAAUGGCGAGCUUAUCAUGAUCUGUGUAGCUAGACUUGCACCAGAAAAGGGGUUUGAGUUCUUGAGUGAGGUAGCAGAGGGGUUGGUCAAGAGAGAUUUCCCUUUCAAGCUCAUCAUAGUGGGAGGCAAUCAGAGCCAAAGCGUUGAACAUGAAAUAAAAGAUUUGUUCGCAGACCUAGUGAUGAAGGGAAAGGUCCUCUUCACCGGAAUGCUAAGAGGCGAGGCACUAGCCUCAGCUUAUGCUUCUGCUGAUAUAUUUUUGCAUUGUUCGAUUACCGAGACCUUCGGUCUGGUAGUUCUAGAAUCAAUGGCGAGUGGUGUACCAGUCAUUGCAAGAGAUGAAGGAGGGCCAUCAGAAAUUGUUGCAGAGAAUAGAUCAGGACAUUUGGUGGCCCCAUCAAACCUUGAAGGAUUCGUCGAAAAAAUUCUCAAACUUGGCAACGAUCUUAAAUUGAGAUCAGCCAUGAGCAUUGAAAGUCGAAGAAUGGCGGAAGAAGCAACGUGGGAUAGUAUCGGCAAUCGUGUGGCAUGGAAAAUGGCCGAAACAUUGGAAACAAUCAAAUCGACAGAUACUAUUCCCAAGGUUAGAAUACCGUUGUAUAGUUGGUGGCUGAUCAAUGAUGAAUUGAGAAAUCUGUUGAUAUCAUUCAUUGUGGAUGCAAGGCUUCUUGCGGGACUUGGAAUAAUCUGGGGAGUUUGGUUAGGUUUGAUUGUAACGUGGAUAUUAGUCCGAGUAUUGCUUCGUUUGAGGACGUAUGCAGAUAAAUUUUUUAAGUUCUAA